AUGCAACGUGCUUUGAGUUCUAGAGCAAGAGCUUCGAUCCUUAACGGAUCGACAGCUUCAAAGCUUCGUCCUUUACAACAAUUGAGAUUCGCUCACAAGGAGCUCAAAUUCGGUGUUGAGGGUAGAGCAGCUCUUCUUGCUGGUGUUGAGACUUUGGCAAAAGCUGUUGCCACAACCCUCGGUCCAAAAGGCCGAAAUGUUCUUAUUGAGUCAGCAUAUGGCUCCCCAAAGAUCACUAAAGAUGGUGUAACUGUUGCCAGAGCUAUUUCCCUCAAGGAUAAAUUCGAGAAUCUCGGUGCUAGACUCAUCCAAGAUGUUGCCUCGAAAACCAACGAGACCGCUGGUGAUGGAACCACAACCGCUACUGUCCUUGCUAAAUCUAUUUUCUCCGAGACCGUAAAGAACGUCGCCGCAGGAUGCAACCCAAUGGACUUGCGCAGAGGUACCCAAGCCGCCGUAGAGGCCGUCGUUGAGUUUUUGCAAAAGAACAAGCGUGAUAUCACAACCAGCGAGGAAAUCGCACAAGUUGCGACCAUCAGUGCAAACGGUGAUACCCAUAUCGGAAAGUUGAUUGCCAAUGCUAUGGAGAAGGUUGGAAAGGAAGGUGUCAUCACAGUCAAGGAGGGAAAGACCAUGGAGGAUGAACUCGAUAUUACCGAGGGAAUGAGAUUUGACCGCGGUUAUGUCUCCCCAUACUUCAUCACCGAUACCAAGUCGCAAAAAGUGGAAUUCGAGAAGCCAUUGAUUCUCCUUUCUGAGAAGAAGAUCUCAAACGUCCAAGACAUCAUCCCAGCACUUGAGGCAUCCACUCAACUUCGCCGUCCUUUGGUCAUCAUUGCUGAAGAUAUCGAUGGAGAAGCUCUCGCUGUAUGCAUUCUUAACAAGCUCCGUGGUCAACUCCAAGUUGCCGCUGUCAAGGCCCCCGGUUUCGGUGACAACCGAAAGUCCAUCCUCGGCGAUCUCGGUAUCUUGACCAAUGCUACCGUUUUCACUGACGAGCUUGAUCUCAAGCUCGAGAAGGCCACUGCAGACAUGCUCGGUACUACUGGAUCUAUCACCAUUACCAAGGAGGAUACCAUCAUCUUGAACGGUGAGGGUAGCAAGGAUGCCAUCGCUCAGCGAUGUGAGCAAAUCCGAGGUGUCAUGAACGACCCUACCACCUCUGAUUACGAGAAGGAGAAGCUCCAGGAGCGUCUCGCUAAGCUUUCCGGUGGUGUAGCUGUCAUCAAGGUCGGUGGCGCAUCCGAGGUUGAGGUUGGUGAGAAGAAGGAUCGAUUCGUUGAUGCUCUCAACGCUACUCGUGCUGCUGUUGAGGAAGGUAUCCUUCCAGGUGGUGGAACUGCUCUCCUCAAGGCUGCUGGUCAAGCUCUUGGAGGUCUUAAACCUGCCAACUUCGAUCAACAACUUGGUAUCAACAUUAUUAAGAGCGCUAUCACCAAGCCAGCGCGCACCAUCGUUGAAAACGCUGGUACUGAAGGAUCAGUUGUCGUUGGUAAGCUCAUGGAUGAAUUUGGAUCCGACUUUAACAAGGGAUUCAACAGCGCAACUGGAGAGUACGUUGACAUGAUUGCUGCCGGUAUUGUCGAUCCAUUCAAGGUUGUCCGCACUGGUUUGGUUGAUGCCAGCGGUGUUGCUUCAUUAUUAGGUACCACUGAAGUUGCUAUUGUCGAGGCACCAGAAGAGAAGGGACCACCAGCUGGCGGUAUGGGUGGCAUGGGAGGAAUGGGCGGUAUGGGAGCGUCCCACUCAGGUGAUCGCACACCGGCAAGUAACCCCACCAAGUUCUUGACCUUCAUCCCCGUUCGCAAAAUCCAAAACUCUCCCAAAGAUAAACAUCUCCCAAGCUUUUCUCUCGCUCCUCCUACUACCUCGCAAUUACCACAACAUACAGUGGACUUUGGAACGCAGGUCUCUGAACAAUCUUUAACUAUCACCGUCGAAGAUGAAUGCAUCGAGAAGUUUAACGAGAUGAAGCUUCAAAAGAAGAUUAAGUGGAUCGUUUACAAGAUCAACGAUGAAGGCACAAAGGUUGUUGUCGACACUUCCAGCGAGUCGGCAGACUGGGAACCAUUCCGUGAGGUCCUUGUAAAUGCAAAGGCACUCAACAAGAACAAAACCCAGGGUAAAGGUCCCAGAUACGCUGUCUACGACUUCAACUACGAUUUGGCCAACGGAGAGGGACAAAGAACCAAGCUUACUUUCAUUUCGUGGUCCCCUGAUGAUGCUACUACCUUCCCAAAAAUGAUGUACGCCUCCACCAAGGAAUCUUUCAAGCGUGCCUUAUCCGGACUUUCGGGCGAUGAACUUCAAGCAAACGACGAAGCCGACCUCGAGGAGAAUGAAAUGUUGAAGACAGUCAGCAAGGGUACAGCCGCUCUCAAGGCAUAGAUACAAGCCUUAUGGUUUUGGGAACGAACGUGACAGGAAGGAACACUGUUUCAUUGGGUGCUUAUUGCCUGCGAUGAUAUGCAUGGGUGUGAAUUUAUUCUUCUGAAGACGGAUUGAUCAUUUCAGCGUGAUGAUAU